AUGGCAAUUGCGUCCACAAGGACUCCAACCUUGACAGCCGUGCAAGAUCACGAGCGUCGACUUGGCGGUACGCCCCAGUCAUGCCUUGCUGCGCCAUCAUACUACGGUAUCUAUCUCUACUCACAAUUGCCAGAACGGUGGCACGAGGGCAUUGUCGGGCGACAAUCAGACUCGGAGACGACCGAAAAUGGUGCCCACCGCACCGAUAAAUACCCCCUGCGCUCAAACACGACGAGAGUGGAGUAUGUCCCCAGCCCAUCUCGUGUAACUUCCCUUGUGACGCAGACUGUAUCACAGCACGGGACGAGGUUCCUGGAUCUGAACGAUGAUGUCCUUGCGAUGAUCAUCUCUGAAUUCACCACCAAGGAUUCCCUUCAGCUGUCUCUCGUCGCGCGGCGGGUCCACCUAGUUGCAAAACGUCAGGCACUGUCCUCGGUGACAAUGGAGUCGGCACAGACGGUCAUUCGCAUCUGCAGAUACAUGCUCGAGGAUGUGGUCGGCCGCUUGCGGUGGAUCCGGCGGUUGUCGGUGUCCGUCUGGAUCCCAGCCAAAGGAAGUGGCCGUUAUGGAUGGUUGCUGAACAGGAACGUGGAGAUUCAAGCACCGAUGGCUAUAGGUCUCCUCGUGUCACUCUUGGAGCAAGCACAUGGGCUGCAGUAUCUCCAUGUCGGGAAUGUCGACAACAACCUCGAGUUCGACCACGCACUCCUUGACGCUAUAUGUGCGCUCCCAAACCUGGUUGAGCUGGAGCUGCUGCGCGGAGGGCGAUCCGAGACCUUGAAGCUGCUUGAUGGACUGCGAAGCCGGCCUCGCAGCCUCAUGCUGGAUGUACAACUAGUUAACGCAGAAAAGGAUGCAAUAAUUUCCCGGACCGGGAGGUUCCAGGAGCUUCGUGUGCUAGGACUCGGUGGAAUGUACAUGCAACGGUCUCGUUUUUACAAAAAUACGACGCGCUUGAUGCACGGCCUGCACCAUACAUGGCCUAAUGUCACCGACCUCACCAUUACACGUUGCGAUAUCGAGCUUCCUGCGGUCCUCCAUGCCUUCCCAAAUCUGCGCGCCCUGACAUUCACGGAGUGGGUCAACGGCCCGCGCUCGGCAGUACACGAUAGGCUGACGUAUUCCGUCCCAUCGCAGGGGCCCGCCUGUCUCGAAUACGUCGAGGGUAGUGGAUACCUGUUUGAGGACUGGCCCGCUGAGCGCCCUGUAUAUCACAUUCUCAUCCAAUCCGUACUCGCAAUUCCAAGUCAAACGGCAAUGGGCGGGGAGACGCGCUGUGGCGACCCUGAAAUCCCGAUCCUGCUGGAGAUGGCGCGCAAUGCUGAACCGGUCAUACUCACUUUCCGCAUCAUGGCAUUCGAAUCGCUGCAUGAGUCCUUCUGGAAGAGGCUGGCAGCCGAGGCGACGAGACUGCGAUGCCUCGAGGGCUGGAUGACCAACGUCCCGUCAAGUCUUUCGCCUAUCACGUCGCUCUUGUACCUCGAAAUUGCCAUCGAUGUCAGCACGUCAUGGUUCACCUCAUGCGUAAUGGAUGAGACGCCGGAGCCUGUUGACCUUGAUUGUAGUGAGGCGUACGCGGAACGGCUGGCAUCGCUCGUCAUUAUGCAGAUCCCCUCUCUUCGUUACCUCUCUCUUGGGUUUGGCUCCAUGGCGUCACAUUUACCCACCCCUCACAUACAGCCAUUUGCUGGCAGGAUGCGGAUGUGGAAGGUGGAGGGUACUGGUGGAGAGCGUGCACUCUGUCCUGUCCCUUCAACCAUUGCUCAACGACUCAAGGUGCUGCUGAAAUCCCCCGAUUAUGACCCUCUCCAAGAGAGUGAUGUACUGGACUCUAGUCAGUGAAGAGUGCUGAAGAAGCCGCUUGCCACCUCGAGGGCCGGAGGAGCAGAAAGUACAGCAUGUAGCUUACGUAUCGUUGAAGCGAGAGCGACAGUGACGUCGACAGGCGUUUCUCAAUACGGCGCGCCCAGGAUGCGAGUACAGGACUGAGCGUGUGCUACACAAUUUGGCGAGUAUAAAUUCGAAAUACCUGGCCAGUGUUUGGCCGACGAAGAGUGAGGGUAGGGCUGGGCAGGAAACAAUCCAAGCUGAAUAUGGAAGUACCAUACAAGACGGUAGGCGAGAGUGUGCUAAGCGAGCACGGGCAUGCGCUCCACGCGAUAGGCAGAAUAGGUCGCAGGCAGGAUAACGUACGGAUUGUGAUUUCAAGACAUAUAUAACCUAUACUAGGAUCUGAUUGAUCUAUUGUCUAAUCGUCAAAAAUCUAUAAUGAACAUUGU